GACCCAUUCUCCACUUCUUCAGCACUAGUCGCGGGCUCGCGGUCGCGGCCGAGGAUAUCGAAGCUGCGAGCAACGCGAUCGAGCGCGACGCGGGUGAGACCCGAGAGAGCCGUGAGGGAGCCAGGGAGGGAACCCCGAACCCCCGUCGUCGUCUCGUGCUCGGUCUCUCCGGCUGGCGGCAUGGAGAGUGCCGUGCUCGCCUGCGAGGCGCCAACCGCCGCCGCCGCUGCGGCGCCUGGAGCGGGAGGGGACAGAGGAGCCGAGGGCGUGGUGAUGCUGAGGCGGUCGGGCCUCGCGGCGUGCCUCACGUGUCCGCUCUGCGGCCGUCUCCUCCGCGACGCCGCCACCAUCACCGAGUGUCUCCACACCUGUGAGUAGCUCGCCGCUUCGCCAACCUUUCAGUAACUGGCGUGCGUAGGUCUGCCCGUGUCCUGUGGCUCGCUCAAAGCCCUUUUUUCCGUGCUGCUGUGUCGUGAAACGUGGAAGGUGGUCACGCCUUUCCUUCCGCGCUCCGGAUUUGAAAUUUUGCACUGAUUUGUCUGGUUUUUGAGGUGAUGCGCGAAAGGUGGCAUCUUCAUUCCUCCAAGCGUCGAGGAUUUCUCAAAAAAAAUACGAGGGUAAAGGUGUGCACUUUUAGUGUGCGAAAUUCACGUAAUCUGUAAAUUCGUCGCGGAGUGGGUACGCUAUAAUUUUCCGGGAAUGGAAGGCUUGGUUCACUUUUGCAAUGUUUUCUUGAGGGAUUUGAGGCGAUGGGCGCCGUCGAUUGCUUGAGGGGUGGGUGCUGCGUGUGUACGCCUUGAUCCAAUAGAAAAUCACAUGGAACCUGUUUUUUACCGGGAGUGUUACGGCCGGCCCUAUGCUAUGUUAUGUUAUUUAUGUAGUGGUGUUUGGUUCCUACCUCCUAAACUAGUCAUUUUUAGUCACUAAAAUAUCAAACGGGGUGACUGAAAUAGGUCUUUCAAAUAGAAUUUCUAAUGACUAAAGUUUAGUCUAUAAAAUUUAGGAGGGUGGCUAAAGAAACCAAACAUCCCUUAUUGUGUCAUUGGGUGAGUGUUCUAAAUAUAGGGGGUGUUUGCUCCUAAACUUUAGUGACCAAAAUUUAGUCACCUUUUGUCGCUAAAAUACUAAACGAGGUGACUAAAAUAGGUCUUUCAAAUAUGAUUUUUAUGGACCAAAGUUUAGUCCCUAAAGUUUAGAAAGAUGACUAAGAGCAUGUUCAACAAUUGUCUUAAAACAGUGCCCUGUCUUAAAAUAUAGGGCUCAAUCCAUAAAAAACAACUUCAAGAGUGUCAUAUUUUGCAUUUUUUUGUUAAAAAAAUAUAGGGCACUGUAUGAAGUUACCCAAAUAUACUACAUGCUACACUAGUGCCCUAUGUUUGUUUUCUACACCAUUCUUAAUAUUUUCUUUCCAAAUAAUACAAUUCACUUCCAAAAAUACAUGAUUUAGAGCUUAACUGUUGGAGUGCAAUUUUUUUAGUGUCCUAAACACUUUGAAUUGUUAGAUACUUCAGCUUCUCAGUUAGGCUCUUGGCGGGAGUUUUCUGCUGCAGAGUCAGUGGUAAGCGCGAGCCAGGAGCAUGUCCUGUGCCACGCAGUGUGUGUGUGUGAUCGUGCGAGAGUGCUCCUAGUUUCCAGGGUCGUGAGUAUGGCGAUCGUGGGAAGUUUGGAGCUGAGUAAUUGUAACGCGUUGAGUAUUCCAGUGAAUAAAUAGAAAAACACAAAGAGGAGGCAGGUUCGCCCGUUUUGGCCUGUCCAAAGAAAAUCCUCCGUGUUCACUGUUCUUCUUCAAUCCUCGACUGAUUGAUCGCUCUCUCUCGGUAAUCGACGUCGAGCUGAAGUCAACACGUGGUAUCAGAGCUGGGUAUGGCGACCAGCAUGCCGGCAGGAGGACGCUUUGACCGUCGGUCACUCCGCCGCGGCGCCAGCGACGAGGGAGGUCACCUCCGUCACGCUGGGGGACGCGCGACAAUCGGGGAGGCGGUUAUGAGCGCAUGGUCGAGCACGUCGUUGUGGAGCGAGCUGCUCCGUCGAGGAACUACCCGAUCUUGACGAAGACCAACUACCAUGACUGGGCGGCCCUCAUGCGCGUGAUGCUGCAGGCGAGGAACCUGUGGGACGCGGUGAGUGAAGGCACGACGACUUACGUCAACGACCGGAACGCUUUGGAGAUACUCCCCAAGGCGGUUCCACCAGAGCUGAUGGGAGCCGUGGCUGGGAAGGCAAUCGCGCAGGAUGCGUGGAAGAUGCUUCGACUGCACAACGUCGGAGUCGACCGCGUCAGGAGGGCAAAGGCGAGUACACUGAAGAGGGAUUUCGACGCCUUCAAGUUCAACGACGGCGAAAGCGUGGAUGAUUUCGGUGUACGGAUCACAAGCAUCACGGGUGAACUGGCGGUGCUUGGUGAUGAAUACACCGAGGAGGAAGUUGUUAGGAAGUUUCUGCAGGCCCUGCCAUCUCGGUUUGAUCAGAUAGCGGCUUCAAUUGAGACGCUACUUGACUUGAGCGAGAUGUCCGUUGAUGAGCUAAUCGGGCGUCUGAAGGCAGCUGAGGAACGACUCGCCCAGGAGCGCGCAGUGGCCCUGCCCCGACUAAAUCUCACAGAGGAUGAAUUAAUUGCCAAGAUAACUUCACGUCUGAAGAUUACAGGUGAUAAACCAUCAGGUUUUGGUGGGGGCUCGUCGGUGUCAGGAAAUUUCCGUGGCCGAGGACGCGGGCGCGGAAGAAACAGUGGGAGACGCGGUGGCCGCAACAGCGGCCGUGGAGGAAAGACGGCCGCGAACGACGAAUGUCGUUAUUGCGGAAAUACUGGACACUGGGCGCGGGACUGCAGGAAGAAGAAGCGCGAUGAGCAAUCCCACGCCGUGCAUACUGAAGAAGUGGACGAAGCCUUGUUACUAGCGAGAACCAGCGUCAUCGACAUACAAGAGAACCUCGACGACGCCCCGGCUUCGCUGGGGCCGCACCAUGUCGUUCAUCUCAGGGAGGACAAGCUGUACGUUCAGCUUGGUGACAAAGUGAAGGAAGAGGCGCGGUGGAUCCUAGAUACGGGAGCCACAAAUCACAUGACGGGUGAGCGCUCUGCGUUCUCCUCACUGAAUGAGAAGGUGCAAGGUACAAUGCGAUUCGGCGAUGGUUCAGUCACGACCAUUUGUGGUCGCGGAUCCAUUCUUCUCCACUGCCGGAAUGGUGACCACAAGACUCUGACGGGAGUUUACUACAUUCCGAGGCUCACCACGAAUAUCGUGAGACUUGGACAAUUGGAAGAAGGUGGACACAAGAUCCUAAUGCUGAACGGGCGUCUGAAGAUCUGGGAUACUCAGCGUCGGCUACUGGCAAGUGUGCCACGAUCGGUGAACCGACUGUACGAGCUGGAUCUCGACGUUGCAAAGCCAGUCUGCCUCGCUGCGCAAGGAGGCAGCGCAGCGUGGAGGUGGCACGCACGCCUUGGACACCUUAAUUUUCGAAGCUUGAGACGUCUAGCCGAAGAAGAAAUGGUGCGCGGGCUGCCACGGAUUGAUCACGCUGAUCAUGUCUGUGAUAGCUGUCUCGCCGGGAAGCAGCGUCGACUUUCCUUCCCAGGAGAGGCAGGCUAUCGUGCGACGAGCAAGCUCGAGCUGAUCCAUGGGGAUCUUUGCGGGCCUCUGACCCCAUCGACACCGAGCGGUAACAGGUUGUUCUUUCUUUUGGUGGAUGACCUGAGUAGGUACAUGUGGGUGUCUCUUCUGCGUUCCAAGGAGGGAGCGAUGGCGGCGUUCAAGUCCUUUCAGGCAAGUGAUGAGGUGGAAGCUGGAAGAAAGGUGGGAACUUUCCGUACGGACCGAGGCGGAGAGUUCACAGCACAAGCUUUCAUCGAGCAUUGCUGCAGUGAAGGGAUCAAGCGACACUUGACAGCACCGUACACACCGGAGCAGAAUGGAGUGGUGGAACGGAGAAACCAAACCAUCAUGGGAAUGGUGCGGAGCAUGCUUAAAGCCAUGAAUCUCCCUAACUGGUUCUGGGGGGAGGCUGUGGCAACGGUUGUAUACAUACUGAACAGAUCACCCACUCAAGGAAAUGAAGGGAGCACUCCAUAUGAGGUAUGGCAUGGAACAAAACCUACCGUCAGUCAUCUUCGUACAUUCGGCUGUGUUGCACAUGUUAAGCAAGGCAACAAGCGUCUAACAAAACUUGAAGAUAGAAGUACACAAAUGGUGUUCAUUGGGUAUGAAAGUGGCAGCAAGGCCUGGCGUUUCUACAAUCCAAGCACAAAACGCGUACAUGUGUCGCGUGACGUCGUGUUUGAAGAGGAUCGCGCCUGGGACUGGAAUGAGGAGGAGAAGACUGGGAUAAAUGUCCCAGUUGGUGCUGAGUUCGUCCCUGUCGAGAGCUCCAUUCGCCUGAUGGACAAGCCGGGUCCUUCGUCCUCGUCACCAAGCACGUCGAGUAGUGGUCGUUCUGGGCCUCCCACUCAUCCCGGUGGCCAAUGGGAUGUUCAGGAUGAACAGCAGGUGCCCACACCUGGGAUAAUGGCUACCGAGUAUGCCACACCUCCCACUGAAACCCCAGAUCUUGAUGCUGACCAUGAAGAUGACACGCCACGGAGGUAUCGUAUGCUGGAAAGUGUGUUGGGAACAGAUAAUGUCCCAGAGCAAGCUGAAAUGCUUGCUGUUGAAGAAUUGUUGACAGCCAUCGGUGAGGAGCCAUAUUCAGUGACUGAGGCUCUGAAGGUUACUGAUUGGAGAAAGGCAAUGUUAGAGGAGAUGGCAUCAAUUGAAGGGAACAAGACAUGGUCACUGGUUGAUUUACCAAAAGGACAUCGCGCUAUAGGUCUGAAAUGGUUGUAUAAGCUGAAGCGUAACGAAUUAGGAGCUGUGAUCAAGCACAAAGCUAGACUGGUAGCUAAGGGAUAUGUGCAACAGCAAGGUAUUGAUUUUGAAGAAGUUUUCGCUCCAGUGGCUAGAAUGGAGACUGUCAGGGUACUAUUGGCAGUCGCAGCACAUCAUGGGUGGCCAAUCCAUCACAUGGAUGUGAAAUCAGCGUUCUUGAAUGGUGAUUUGGCUGAGGAGGUAUAUGUCACACAACCUCCUGGGUUCACUGCAAAAGGGGAGGAAGGCAAGGUUCUAAAAUUGCACAAAGCUCUGUACGGAUUGCGACAGGCUCCUCGAGCUUGGAAUGUGAAGCUGGACAAAAGUUUAGGCAAACUUGGUUUCACAAGAUGCAAGACUGAUCAUGCACUAUAUACUAGAAAGAAAGGUGGUCAGAGAGUUGUUGUUGGAGUAUAUGUAGAUGAUCUGUUAAUUGUAGGGGAAUCAGACGCACAGAUCACUGAAUUCAAGAAGGAGAUGAAGAACGAGUUUGAAAUGACAGAUUUAGGAUCGUUGUCAUAUUAUCUCGGGAUUGAAGUACGCCAAACAGCUGAAGGUCUGGAAUUAAAACAGGAAGCAUAUGCAAAGAAAUUACUUGAGAAAGCAAGGAUGGAAAAUUGUAAUGGAUGUGCAACACCAAUGGAGUCUAGAAUUCAGCUAUCUAAAAGAAGUGAAGCUCCAGCAGUUGACAAAACUGAAUAUAGAAGUAUAAUUGGUAGUCUCAGAUAUCUACUUCAUACAAGACCAGACCUCUCCUUCAGUGUUGGAUUUCUGAGCCGGUUCAUGGAGUCUCCAAGGCAUGAUCACAAGGUCGCAUUGAAGCGUGUUUUACGUUAUCUGUCAGCGACAACAGGUUAUGGACUACAGUACAGUCGAAGAAGAGGCAGUCUGAAAUUGAUUGGGUAUUCAGACAGUGACUUAGCCGGUGACAUUGAUGAUCGCCGCAGUACUGCAGGUGCUAUAUUUUUUCUCGGGGGGGAGUCCAGUGUUAUGGAUGUCUCAGAAGCAAAAGGCAGUGGCCACAUCGUCGUGUGAAGCAGAAUACAUGGCGAGCGCAGCCGCGGCAGCUCAAGCAGUGUGGCUGCAGAAGCUACUCGAGGAGGUCGUUAGCAUCCCUGCUAAGCCAACAAUUAUUCUCAUGGAUAACACGGCUGUUAUUGCGUUGGCAAAGAACCCAGUUCACCAUGAUCGAAGCAAACACAUUGAUGUGAAAUAUCAUUUUACCAGAGAAUGUGUAGAACGUGGUGAUAUUGAAUUGGUGCAGGUUGGGACUGAUGAACAGCUUGCAGAUACGUUCACCAAAGCUUUAAGCAGGCUGCGUUUCCAGGAGAUUCGCAGGAAGAUUGGAGUCGUUUAGGAUUCCAGAUUAUGGGAAGCAGAAGUAGGGGGAGAUUGUUAGAUACUUCAGCUUCUCAGUUAGGCUCUUGGCGGGAGUUUUCUGCUGCAGAGUCAGUGGUAAGCACGAGCCAGGAGCAUGUCCUGUGCCACACAGUGUGUGUGUGUGAUCGUGGGAGAGUGCUCCGAGUUUCCAGGGUCGUGAGUAUGGCUAUCGUGGGAAGUUUGGAGCUGAGUAAUUGUAACGCGUUGAGUAGUUCAGUGAAUAAAUAGAAAAACACAAAAAGGAGGCAAGUUCGCCCGUUUUGGCCUGUCCAAAGAAAAUCCUCCGUGUUCACUGUUCUUCUUCAAUCCUCGACUGAUUGAUCGCUCUCUCUCGGUAAUCGACGUCGAGCUGAAGUCAACAUGAUAUAUGUAGUAUUUUAAUUUUUAAGGCAAUUUUUAUCACCUUGUUGGAGAUGCUCUAAAGGAAGUAAACACCCCCUUAAUGUUCACCUAAAAGUGAUCUAGCCUUAAUGUCCACCUAAGUAUCGUUUCAAGCAAAAAGGAAAACAUAUGUUGUUUAUUUGGGGUAUCUGGUGACGUGAGGCUUUACAUAACAUGGCAAAGGUGGUGUUUCCACGUUGUAGACCAGAUGUUUUCUAGAUUGGUCUCCUAAUGCAGCAAAACCCAUCACACACCUUUCGUUGUGCUGGGAAUAGGUGCAUGAUGCAUAUCACAUUGCAUGGAAAAAGUGUUGUAUCAUUUGUUUAUUUUAUCUAUAGUCCCCACUUCACGUAAGCCUUGCUGGAAAAGCCAUUGGCUGUUAGGUUGCUUGUUCAUUUCAUUUCUCUAGUGGUUGGGGAAAUAAAAAAAGAAGAUAGAAGUUGCUAAUGUCGAGUUACCAUUAGUCCACUAGAAAAUAGAAACGUUGCUCAACAUGUUUGUUCACAGCUUUGGGUGAGUGUUCCUGUGUGUUUGUAAAGUUGAGUUCCUGAGGUAAAUUGUGUUGUGCACUCCGCAAUAAGUUAAUCUGGUUCAUAUGUGUGAAAUGUAUGGUUUUAUGCUUCAAGAGUUGCUUAUAUGGCCAAAAAACGGUGAUAUUUCAUUUACCCUGCUCUGGAGAUUCUGCAACGCACCAUCUUGAGAACAAGUUUGUUAUGCCCUUUGGUCAGGAAACGAAGUCCUUGUUUGUGGCAAGGUGCUGUAGCACAUCAUUAGUAGGAGAACCAGAGAGGGGGAAGAACUUUUUUUUGUCUAUGCUUCUAUCCUUAACUGAGGAAGAUAUGCUAACUAAUUUGAAGUCACUUCCUCAAGCCACACCAAAUUGCCAUCUUCUCCUUCAGCUUUCAGCUUUGCUAACUGUGUAACCAAGUCAGGCCCACUGCUGGUAGUACCUAACAGUGCUUGGCAAUUGGCAUAACAAAUACCAGUAUUGUAGUACUGUAUUUAUUUAUUCUUAAUUGGAUUGCUAUCUGCCAACAGUUUUUCUUCAUGAAUCAUGAUUGUGCCUCUGUCACAAACCCAACCAACAUCAAUCCUUGCCUUCAAGGCCUCGGAUGGAUAUGUAAGUGAAUCAGAUAACUUACUCGGGGUGCCGAGUUUUGAUGAACUCGUUCAUUUACAAGGACCAUUCACCCGUAAUUGCGAACAGUACAAUAACCAUACAUGAAUAUAAACUUUAAACAUAAGAGUUGUGCGGAAGACUUUACAAUAAGAUAAUAGAAAUUAGCAAACCUUUAAGUUUGUAAAUAAGGAAGGGUAAUGUAUACAUGUGUAAUGUUAAUGCAUCUGCCAUUAAUGUUAUAAAUACCAUCAGUUUGCAGGAAGUGCAUAUCAGAGGAGUUUGUAAAUAAGGAAGUGUGCUGCUGCCCUGUUUGUAGCAUUGACUUGGGCUGUGCUCCACUGGAGAAACUCAGAAUUGAUCAUAGCCUACAGUAUGUAAGGUCAAAGGUAUUUCCUUCUAAAAAACGAAAGGUUGAGGAUCCAGAAGUCACAUCGCCAAUUACAUCACCUAUAAAGACGAAAGUACGGUCUUUAUCUUCUUUGACAAAACAUGCUCCUCAAAUGUCUAUGCAAAAAUGCUUGAGAAAGAGGAGAACAAAAGCUUCAUGCUUACAAAACCUCCCUUUGCACUCAACCUUGCGGGGCAGUAGUAAUAUCACAAAAAAAUCUGGGGGGUGGAGACCUUUAGGGUGUCACUUUCGAGCAGC